AUGGCUGACGGGGCCGAGAUGGACGAGGAGGCUAUGCGGGCCUUCUUCCCGCUCUCUUUCGGCAAGGCGCCCGCUCGGCCCGGUUCUGCGGCCUCCUCCGCCCACUCCUCCACCCUUCGCAAGCCUCAAAACCCUAGUAACCCCAAGUCCUCCGCCUCUACCGCCGCGGACGACGAUUCAGCCGCUAUGAUUGGUCCCCCUCGGCCGCCGCCGGCGUCCGCGGGGGAGGACGACGACGAGGAAGGCGGCGGUGUCAUGAUCGGGCCGCCUCGGCCACCGCCGCCCUCAGCUCGCGGCGAGGGGGACGACGACGAUGGCGACGGCAUGAUUGGGCCGCCUAGGCCGCCGCCAGCGGAUGAUGAAGACGUCGAUGACGAUGACGGUGAGGACGAGGAGGAGGAGAUGGAGGAUGAUGGCGAUGGUGGAUUCAAUCGGAUCCCUCUCAGCAACGAAAUUGUUCUGCGGGGGCACACUAAGGUUGUCUCUGCCCUUGCUGUUGACCAUACAGGAUCCAGAGUGCUCUCUGGUAGCUAUGAUUAUACAGUGCGUAUGUACGACUUCCAGGGUAUGAAUUCAAAGCUUCAGUCAUUCAGACAAUUGGAACCCUUUGAGGGCCAUCAAGUUCGUAGCCUAAGUUGGAGUCCAACGUCUGAUCGAUUCUUAUGUGUUACUGGUUCAGCUCAGGCCAAGAUUUAUGACAGGGAUGGGCUUACGCUAGGCGAGUUUGUUAAGGGUGAUAUGUAUAUUCGUGAUCUGAAGAAUACAAAAGGUCACAUCUCUGGGCUUACAGGUGGUGAGUGGAAUCCAAAGUCAAAAGAGACCAUUCUGACAUCAUCUGAAGAUGGCUCCAUACGUCUCUGGGAUGUGUCUGACUUUAAAAGUCAGAAGCAGGUCAUCAAACCUAAGCUGGUAAGACCAAUGCGGAUUCCUGUUACAUCAUGUGCAUGGGACCAUGAAGGAAAACGAAUUGUGGGUGGCAUAGGAGAUGGUUCUAUACAGGUCUGGACCAUAAAAGCUGGAUGGGGUAGCAGACCAGAUAUCCAUGUUGAGAAAACACACACAGAGGAUAUUACUGGGGUUAAGUUUUCAACAGAUGGACAGAUUCUUCUGUCAAGAAGUAUGGAUAGUACUCUUAAGAUAUGGGAUUUGAGAAGAAUGAAAACUCCUUUGAAAGUAUUUGAAGAUCUGCCAAAUCACUAUGCUGAGACAAAUGCAGCCUUUAGCUCAGAUGAGCAGCUUAUUUUUACAGGAACUUCUAUUGAAAAAGAUGGUGACAAUGGGGGAUUACUUUGUUUCUUUGAUAGAAAGAAACUUGAGCUUGUAUCAAGGGUGGGAAUUUCACCACAGUACAGUGUGAUAAGGUGCCUCUGGCAUCCAAGAAUCAACCAGGUGUUUGCAACAGUUGGAGACAAGAAAGAAGGCGGGACUCAUAUCCUGUAUGAUCCUUCUAUUAGUCAAAGGGGAGCUCUUGUAUGUGUUGGACGAGCACCAAGGAAAAAGUCUGUUGAUGAUUUUGAGGUGCAACCUGUCAUACACAAUCCACAUGCAUUGCCACUUUUCAGAGAUCAACCAAGUCGUAAACGUCAAAGAGAGAAGAUACUGAAAGACCCGCUCAAAUCACACAAGCCAGAAGCACCUGUUAAUGGUCCAGGUUAUGGUGGAAGAGUGGGUACUACAAAAGGCAGUUUGCUGACACAGUACCUCUUGAAGGAAGGUGGUUUAAUUAAGGAGACCUGGAUGAAUGAAGAUCCAAGAGAAGCGAUUUUGAAGUAUGCUGAUGCUGCAGAGAAAGACCCAAAGUUUAUUGCGCCAGCUUAUUCUCAAACCCAGCCGAAACCUGUUUUUGCAGAGUCUGAUUCAGACAAUGAAGAGAAAUAA